GCUGCACUGCGGCCGGAAGGCGCGGGCGCUGCACCGCCGCACACUCUGCCCUUGAGCCCGAGCGCGAGGAGGGCUCGCGGUGACUUCUUCUGCGGUGGAGCGCUGAGGCCGGCCAGGCCUCGGGAGGGGCCGGCGUCACCAUGAUGGACGGACGGCCGGGCCGCGUGCCCUUACAGUUCCUACCGGACGAGGCCCGGAGCCUGCCUCCGCCCAAGAUGACCGACCCGCGGCUCCUCUACUGCGGCUUCCUCGGCUACUGCUCGGGCAUCGUGGACAACGCGCUUCGGCGGAGGCCGCCGCUGACCGCGGGUGUGCAUCGCCAGCUUCUGUAUAUCACUUCCUUUAUGUUUAUUGGAUAUUAUCUUCUAAAGCGGCAGGACUAUAUGUAUGCCAUAAGGGAUCACGACAUGUUUGCAUACAUGAAAUCGCAUCCGGAGGAUUUUGUUGAAAAAGAGAAGAAAACUUACAGUGAAAUUCAUGAAGAAUUCCAUCCAAUUCGUUGAAGUCUUCAAAACACUUUAAUUCUGAAUUUUAUGGAAUGUUUCCAUGACUACAGUCAAUGUUAAUCUCUGUGUUAUAAUUAAAAUGCUUAUUAUGAAAAAAA